GAAACAGCAGCGCCGACUAUUGUUUACCCAGCAAAAUGGAAAGAUAAAGUCGGUAACGUAUUUAACAGAGAACGCCGAAUUCAGUUCAUAAGCGGCGACAAAUAACACGGUGAAAUUAGUUUCUCCACUCUCGGCUUCUUCCUUCUCGCGACUACCUCCAGCAGAUGCUCUGCGCGGUGCGACGCCGCACUACGUCGGAGCUCCGCCGCAUGCUCUGCCGCCAAAACAUAAACCCUCCUCCUCUGCGCUCCGUCUCCACCGCCGCCGGCGCCGGCGCCGGCGCCGGAGAUCCUCCUACUAGGCCCGGCCCUCCGCCGAUCCGAGUCGCGCUCACCGAGUCCGCAGGGAGGGGGGUGUUCGCCACGCGCGCGAUCGGCGCCGGCGAGCUCGUCCACUCCGCUAAACCCCUCGUCGCCCACCCCUCCCCUUCUCAUCUCCGCAAGGUAUGCUAUUAUUGCCUGAGGAAGAAAGGGAGUGAAGCUUCGUUGAUCAGUGAUGAGAUUGCUGGUGAGGAUUUGGGUUCAAAUCCUACUUCUUACUACUUUUGCAGCGAGAGUUGCGUAGAGCCCUCAAAGAUCUUCUACGAAGUUGAGAGGCGAGCAGAUUGGGCAUUGUAUGAUGACCACUGUAGACUACGUGGAUUGAAAUAUCCUUUGAUGGUUAAGCGGCUAGCUUGUAUGGUUAUAUCAGGAGCGGUGCCUGCUGACACUGUUGACAUACUCCAACCAGCUACUUUGCCUCAAGAAGCACUUCUAGAAAUGGAAGAAGAGUUUGCUUUGCUGAGGCACACUUUUAAGAAGGCAUCUUUGCAGGAUGAACUUAUAGCAUUAGUUCUCACAAAACAAUGGUACAUUAAUGUGUUGGCAAGGAUCCGAAUAAAUGCAUUUCGCAUUGAAUUAGUUGGAGGAUCACAUGAGGAUCUUUUUACAUCGGCAGCUGCCUUAGUUGGAAGUGAUGUUUCUGUUGGUAAUGCAGUUUAUAUGGUUCCGUCUUUCUACAAUCACGACUGUGAUCCGAAUGCCCAUAUAGUUUGGUUGGAUAAUGCAGAUGCAAAACUGAAGGCCCUCCGUGAUAUCGAAGAAGGUGAAGAGCUCCGCAUUUGCUACAUCGAUGCGAGCAUGAAUCUUGAUGCUCGACAGAAGAUUCUUGCUGAAGGAUUUGGUUUCCAGUGCAAUUGUCUCCGGUGCUUAUCCGGGGAUUAAUAAGCAUUUGCAUUUUUUUUGCACAUUAUAUUUCUCGGGAACAUUUGUUUUUUAAAAUCGAAUAGCAUUUUGGAGCCAGGUUGCCUGUAGACGGACUGGGCCUAGACUUGGGCUGAGACCUGAUAUUCUGAAUUUGGUCUGGUUUGGUUUGGGCCUGUAAAGCCCAAAACUAUUUUCCUGGGCCGUGUCUAUGUUUAUUUUAGUUUUAAAUGACGGGCCAUACGGCCUUGUUAAGUCACCUUGGUCUGGCAUUCAAGUUCCUAAGUGAACAGCAACACGCAACUAAUAAGA